GAGAACAAGGAAAUCUCGCGAUCUUUGGACAGCGGGCUCGUUGACGUCAUCUAGUUAACGGUUUAUGUUUCAGUAAUCUUCUUGAGCUCCACAACUAGUUCACUCUGUUGUCCAUAUCAUAGUCUGGCGGAGGAGAUAAAGUGCACGCACGGUGACGAUGCAGCCUGCAGCAGCUAAAUGGUAUGACAGACGGGACUUUGUCUUCAUAGAGUUCUGCGUGGAGGACAGUAAAGACCUGCAUGUACAUUUUGACAAGUCCAAGCUUGACUUCAGCUGUGUAAGUGGAACAAGCGACAUCAAAAAUCAGAAUACAGUGGACCUUUAUGGGGAGAUUGACCCCAAAGGAUCUAAACACAGGCGCACAGACAGGUCUGUGUUGUGUUGUUUACGAAAGGCAGAGCCUGGGAAAGCGUGGCCUCGACUUACCAAAGACAAAACAAGGAGCAACUGUAUCAGUGUGGAUUUCAAUAACUGGAAAGACUGGGAAGAUGACUCAGAUGAGGACCUAAACAAUUUUGAUAAGUUCUCAGAGAUGAUGAACAACAUGGGAGGAGAUGACCUCCCUGACUUAGAUUGUGCUGAUGAUGAGCACGGGUCCGCAGACAGCGACGACGAAAAAAUGCCUGACCUUGAGUAGAUCUACUGGAGUGGUAAAACUUGAAGAUGGAAGUCAGCUGCAAGUUGACAGCAGUCAUUUUCUGGAAAAGAGCUUGUUUGUGCAGUUUCCAAAGCAAAGGAUGAAGGCGAUGAAGACAUGCACACGUCUUCUCGACAUGGACAACUGUGUUCCAAUCCAAAAGUUCUGACUGUAAAAAAUGUGCCGGUGUCUUACCCCCCUUCACAUCCCUUUUUGUUCUGUGUAUUGUGAUUUCUACAAAGCCAGAUUUGUUUUGCUCCUAAAAAGACAACCCCCCCCCCCCCCCCCCCCCUUUUAAUAUUUGUAAUGAAAAUUGCACUUAUUUUGUUGGAUUACAAUAAAGAGGAAUGUUUUUAAUUGUACGUCAACAUGUAUGAAGAUUUAACAUUUAAAUGCAUUUCAGACAGUGAAGUAAAGAAUGAUUUCAUGUGUUGAGAAUGGUACAGUCCAACUUGUGUACAAAAUGUUGUGUAGCAAAUGCAACAAAAACACUUCUUCCAGAGUAAUUCUAAGGUAAGGACAUUGAUUCUAUACCAAGCCUUGUGCAGGUGAUAACACUAAAACUACACUUUGAAAGGUGUGUGGUUGAUCAAAAAUGUGUUUAGCAUCAUUUGUACUUGACUGUUGGCUCAACGUUUCUAAUAAACUUUGUUCACUCUGCUCAA